GCGCCAUGCAGACCCCUGAAGCAGGCGCUGACUCCACCUCCACUGUUCCUCUUCAGACCACUGUGCCUGGCCAGCCUACUGGCUCCACCCAGCAGGUGCCUGUCCAGCAGCAGGCCCAGACUGUUCAGCAGGUUCAGCAUGUUUACCCAGCACAGGUGCAGUAUGUUGAGGAAAACAGUGGCGUCUACACCAACGGCAACAUAAGAAGCUACUCGUACUCAGAGCCGCAGCUAUACAGCCAGAACAGUGGAGGGAGCUACUUCGACACACAGGGCAGCUCAUCGCAAGUGUCCACUGUGGUGACAUCUCACGGCAUGACCAACAACGGAGGAGGGGGCUCUGGAGGAAUGAGCUUGGGUCUGGCGGGGGGUCAGGUAAUCGGCAGCAGUUCUGGGGCUUAUCUUAUGGACAACUCUGGACCCCAUCCUGCCACCCAGACCACACGAGCCUCCCCAGCCACUAUUGAAAUGGCCAUUGAGACGCUCCAAAAAUCUGAGGGUUUAUCCAGUCAGAGAAGCUCGCUGCUCAACAGCCAUCUCCAGUGGCUGUUGGACAAUUACGAGACAGCAGAGGGAGUAAGUCUACCACGAUCCACCCUAUACAAUCAUUACCUGCGCCACUGCCAGGAGCAGAAGCUUGACCCUGUAAACGCCGCCUCUUUUGGCAAACUCAUUCGCUCCAUCUUCAUGGGACUCCGCACAAGGCGCCUUGGGACAAGAGGGAAUUCCAAAUAUCACUACUAUGGUAUACGCGUAAAACCAGACUCCCCCCUCAAUCGACUCCAAGAGGACAUGCAGUACAUGGCUCUCAGACAGCAGCCCGUCCAGCAGAAGCAGAGGUUCAAGCCGGUGCAGAAGUUUGAUGGUGGCUCCGGGGACAACUAUUCAGCUGGAGGCCAGCACCACCCGGGGGCAGCAGAGCAGACGGUCAUCGCACAGAGCCAGCACCACCAACAGUUCCUAGAUGCAUCACGGGCCCUCCCUGACUUUGUAGAGCUGGAACUAGGGCAGAGCAAUACAGAGAACAUCAACCCAGAGGAUGUGAAAGCUCUCCAGUCCCUUUACAGAGAGCACUGUGAGGCUAUCCUGGACGUGGUCGUCAACCUCCAGUUCAGUCUAAUUGAGAAACUGUGGCAGACGUUCUGGCGUUAUUCUCCCCCUGACACUGUAGAGGGAGCCACUGUAACAGAGAACAGCAGCAUAAGUGAGAUUGAAGCGCGGCUCCCACGAGCACAGCUGUUGGUGCUUUGCAGAAACGAAGCAGUCCUUAAGUGGAUGAGCACCUGUGACCAUUUAAUGUACCAGGCCCUCGUGGAGAUCCUUAUUCCUGAUGUCCUGAGACCCAUUCCCAGUGCCUUGACUCAAGCCAUUCGCAACUUUGCCAAAAGCCUGGAAGGUUGGCUUAAUAAUGCCAUGAAUGCCAUUCCACAAAGAAUGAUCCAGACCAAGAUUGCCGCUGUUAGUGCCUUUGCGCAAACGCUGCGCAGAUAUACAUCACUGAACCACCUGGCUCAGGCGGCGCGUGCUGUGUUGCAAAACACAUCACAGAUCAACCAGAUGCUGACUGAUCUCAACCGUGUUGACUUUGCCAAUGUACAGGAGCAGGCAUCGUGGGUGUGCCAGUGUGAGGAGGGAGUGGUUCAGCACUUGGAGCAGGACUUUAAGGCCACCCUGCAGCAGCAGAGCUCUCUGGAGCAGUGGGCAGCCUGGCUGGACAACGUGGUCACUCAGGUGCUCAAGCCCUACGAGCACAGGCCCAGCUUCCCCAGGGCGGCGCGGCAGUUCCUGCUCAAGUGGUCCUUUUACAGUUCUAUGGUGAUCAGGGACCUGACCCUGCGCAGCGCGGCCAGCUUUGGUUCCUUCCACCUGAUUCGCCUGCUCUACGAUGAGUACAUGUUUUACCUGGUGGAACAUCGCGUGGCUCAAGCUACAGGGGAGACGCCCAUCGGUGUCAUGGGCGAGUUUGACAGCCUCAGCGCCCUGUCCCUUACUAACAUUGAUAAAGAUGAAACGAGUGGCAUGGACAGUGACUUGGAAGAGGACACCGAGGAGUCCGGGGAACCUCUGGCCAAGCGAGAGAAGUCGGAGCACGAGGUCAUCCAGGUGAUCCAGGUGGGGGCUCUGGAGGACGGCUCCCACCCUGUGGUGGGCGUGGUGCAGCCGGGCGUGCUGCACUCACUGCCCCAGCCGCCCCAGGACCACUCAGAGCACAUCCUCACCCCCUCCGCCGCCACCCCCACCAUCCGCCACUGCAGCGCCACGGGCAACACCUACGCCUCUGUG